AUGCAGACGAUCUGGCAUCACGAGGCCUCAUUCGAAAUAGAGGAUACAGGAGUUUCUGAGUCCAGGCCCAUGCGCUUAACGGAAUUCAAGAUGAUCUCCGAAUCACCAGAGGAAACCUUUUUCCUCCUGGAGGAGUGGUUGGUGGAAGCGGGAAAGGGCGAUGAGGAGGCUGAGGAGUGGGCGGCCAAUCCAUCGAGUCUUGGGGCCGCCGUUUCAUGCUGCCUAGCUAACCUAGCCGCCUUGACGGUUUUUGACUUUUCGAUAUCCAGCCCACCGAAUUCGGGCCAGUCUCUUGCAGGUUGUUGA